UGGUUCGAAAUCUCCACAUUCAAUAAAAAGGCAUGGGAAACACAUAAAAGAAAGCCAAUCUCAUAUUGGAUUCUUCUGGCUUUGAGCAGUAGUGCAAUGCUUGUGGCGUUCCCUGCUUCAAGCCUCCUAUCCCGCCUCUAUUACCAAAAUAGCGGAACCAGCAAGUGGAUCAUCUCGUGGGCAGUUGCAGGGUGGCCUCUAACUGCUUUCAUCUUAGUUCCGACAUACUUUGUCUACAGGACUUUUCCUACUCCUCUGGAUUGGAAGCUCACUCUUUCAUACGUUGCGCUCGGUUUCUUAAGCGCUGCUGACAACCUCAUGUAUGCAUAUGCAUAUGCUUUCCCCGCAUCCACCACGGCUCUUCUGGCAUCAUCUUCACUAGUUUUCUCUGCGUUAUUUGGAUAUAUUCUCGUUAAGAACAAGAUCAACAUGUCAAUAAUCAAUGCCAUUGUAAUCAUCACUGCUGCCAUGAGCAUCAUAGCCUUGGAUUCAGAUUCAGACAGAUAUGGCAAUGUCACUGACAGCCAAUACAUCAUGGGGUUCAUGUGGGACAUCCUGGGAUCCGCUCUUCACGGGCUGAUUUUUGCUGUGUCUGAACUAGUUUUUGUCAAACUGCUCGGCAAAAGAUCGUUCCACGUCGUGUUGGAGCAACAAGUGACGGUCUCAGCAUUUGCAUUUGCGUUCACCACCAUUGGAGUAAUUGUCAACAAGGAUUUCCAAGGAAUGGCAUCCGAGGGGAAGACUUUCAAAGGUGGUGAAAGUUCCUAUUACCUUGUUCUUAUUUGGGGUGCCAUCACUUUCCAACUGGGGGUGUUAGAAGGCACGGCGGUGCUGUUCUUGGCUUCCACCGUGCUCGCCGGCCUGCUGAACGCGGCGGUGAGAGUGCCGCUCACGGGCAUCGCAGCCGUCAUACUGAUGAAUGACCCCAUGAGUGGAUUCAAGAUCCUGUCUCUUGUUGUAACGUUUUGGGGAUUUGGUCCCUAUAUUUAUGGCAGUUCUUCUGCAUGUAAAGUUUCAACGUCACAAAAUUUUAACUGUGUUUUCUGUUAUCAGGCAUACCAAAUUAGUGGAUACAUCCUAUGUUGUACGGGUGUAUAUUAA